UCAGUCAGAAAAUCAUCCCCACUAAAAUACGUCAAUUGGAUCCCAAAACCGACCGACAAACGAACAACGAAGUUUCUGGUCAAGUGCACGCAAUAGAGUAAUUUUUGAGUAGAAAUAAGAUCUAAAAAUAGUCGAGUCGAGAGCACAGUUACUGUUUGAUCGAAUUUUACUGCAUCGAACAGCCGCCAAUUCAUUGUUGAUUUUUUACGAGUAAGGUUCAGGUCGACGGCAACUUUUGGCGCAAUUAGUGAAUAAAUUGUGUUGUAAAUCAUAUAGAAAACCAUGCCUUUAUCGUGGAAGCGUCCUGUCUCAUCGGAAUAUCCGAAAGUUUGGCAUAGAUUCUCCGCGGCGGGAGAAAAUUUUGUCAUUCAAGAUUUGCCGGAAUCAAUGAACGAAGAGGCCAUACAUUUCAUGAAGGUUUACUACCAUGUGUCCGAACCCUUAACCGUGUCUUACCGUCUACAUGAGAACUUGUUCUUCCUCGACUAUUGCGACUCAUUGUUCAGAUGGAUGAUUCUUAAGCAGAAAGCGGCUUUAGUUUGCCUAAAAGAAGGAAGCGAUGAAAUCAUUGGCCUCAAUAUGAAUUACGUCGUCAACCUGAGUGAGGACUCUUAUGGCAUUAAAGAUUUAUGGCGAAGUUUUUAUUUAAUUGUCCAAGAAAUCUACCAUGUGUGCACCGACAGAAGAUAUACAUUAGCUUCUAUGCUCGAAUCACAUCGAAAUAUUAAAAGAUAUCAGAAUGUGGUUGAGGUGAUGAGGAAUGGAGUAAUGUUUAAUUCGGAACAGAUAUUGAAUGGCGGUGGCCUUUGCGUCUCUCCAAAGUAUCGAAAUAGAGGAAUUGGUGCGGAACUGUUGAAAACUAGAGAGCAGUUUUGUGAAGAAUUCAACAUAAAAUUGACAUCGAACGUAUUCACGUCGGAUGCAGCCGGUAGGUGCGCCGCAAAAGCUGGUUUCAUCACCGAAAAAGAACUUAGCUAUGACACAAUCCGACAAAACUAUCCAGGACUCUUACCGGAUAAUAUUGGUAGUAACACAAUAAGUCUUCGAUCAAUGAGUCUUGGUAAAGGUGCUUGAAACAAUGAAAUCGUAGCGAAUUUGUGUAUCUUGUUAGUUUUAACGCAGUAAUUUGUUUUUGUAAAUUGUUUGCCUGUAAUAUUUUGCUCGAUUUUAGCUUUGAAUAUAUGCAUUGCAUUGUGCAUUGCUGACUAUCACUGUAAAA